UGGAUUCCACCACAAGAGAGAGUUCACCAUCCUGACUACAACAAUGACAUCAGGGAGUUCCUUCCAAGGGAGUUAAUUCUACAGAGGAUGAGAGCUUCAGAACAACUGGGAUUCAACAUUCGAGGUGGCCAGGAACAUCACUGUGGAAUUUUUGUGUCAAAGGUGAUGCCCAACAGUGAGGCAGACAAACUUGGACUUAGGGAAGGGGACCAGAUUUUAACAGUUAAUAAAAGAGACUUCACAAACAUAGACCAUGCUGAGGCUGUCAGAGUUCUGAAAAUGAACACCACGAUACAGAUGAUGGUCAGAUUCUUUCCAUAUGGCUAUGACAGAACAUAUGACAAGUGUAAGUUUCUGGCAUCCAAUCAGCAAGCCGAGAGGUAGCAGAUUAUGUCAUGUGACUAAAUCAUCCAAUCAAAAAGUUAGCAGAUUAUGUCAUGUGACUUAAUCCAAUCAACAAAGUGCAGAGCAUGUCAUGUGACUAAAUCAUCAAAUCAACAGACAGACUAUGUUCUGAGAUUAGAUCAUCUAAUCAACAGAGAAAUUAUAGAAUCCAUCAUCAAUUAGAUCAUUCUUGUCAUUUGCCCAGAUCUAAAAUACUU